UAAUUUUUGUACUUGCUUUUGAGUAAUCAUUGAUUAAAUGUUACUUUUUUAUUAAUAUAUUAUCUUUACUUUUUUACUUUUUAUUGACAACUUUUAUUGUCUGUUUGUAUAUUUGCGUCAGGAAAAACAUAUAUUUCUUCAAUUUGUUAUAUAUCUACUCUGUCUAGAUCUUUUGUCGUUUUAAACAGUAUUUGGCGCGUUUUUGUUAAUCUACCGUUGGUCGUCUCGCGGUGAUGACGUCAUCAUUCGCUCGCUCGCUCGCACCUUCAGUCAGCUUCGAGUCGUCUGAGGUGAGCAGUUCACGCUAUUUCGUGAUCUGCUCCUUCUCCUUUAGUGAAGCUCCUCCCACUGCAAUUCACCAAUAAAUGCUGGAAUAUUCCCAUCAGUCUACAAGUGAAGAUGAGCAUCAAACCAUCAGGAAGAGCUGAAAUCUGCAAAGACAGAGUUUAUUGAAGGACAGUGAGAAGAUGAGAGAUCCAGAACACUGCAGAAUGAAACACACUGAAGAACAAAGAGAUGUGAUGCUGAAGAAUGAGGAGAGUAAAGAGGAAGAGAAACCUGUCAAAACUGGAGAAGAAACUAGCUCACAGACUGAAAGUGUUUCUUUACUGAAAAGACAAGACAAGAAAUGUUUCACCUGCCUUCAGUGUGGAAAGAGUUUCACACGCAAACAGAGUCUCAAGAUCCACAUGAGGAUCCACACUGGAGAGAAACCAGUCACAUGUGAUAAGUGUGGGAAGAGUUUCACACACACAAAGAGUUUCAAGGUUCAUAUGAGAAUCCACACUGGAGAGAGACCAUUCACAUGUGACCAGUGUGGGAAGAGUUUCACAUGCAAUCAGAAUCUCAAGGUUCACUUGAGGAUCCAUACUGGAGAGAAACCGUUCACAUGUGAUCAGUGUGGGAAGUGUUUUGCACAUCAAGGACAUCUUAAGACACACAUGGUCAUCCACACUGGAGAAAAACUGCAUGGAUGUGAUCAGUGUGGUAAAACAUUUUUGUUGGCUUCAGGCCUGAAGAGCCACCUGACAGUUCAUUCACAGGAGAAACCACAUUCAUGUUCUUUGUGUGGAAAAAGAUUUUCAUGUCUGCAGAAUUUAAAUAUUCAUCAGAAAAUUCAUACUGGUGAAAAAAUACAUGUGUGCUUUGAGUGUGGGAAGAGUUUUAUUACAACUGCAGGUUUGAAUCGACACCAGAGAAUACACACUGGAGAGAAACCUUACAAGUGUUCACACUGCGACAAGAGAUUCAGUCAGUCAGGACAAUUGAAAACACACCAGAGGAUCCACACUGGAGAGAAACCUUACAAGUGUUCCUACUGCGACAAGAGAUUCAGUGAUUCAGGAACCCUGAAAAAACACAAGAGGAUCCACACUGGAGAGAAACCGUAUCACUGCACUGCAUGUGGGAAGAGUUUCAAACAGUCAUCUUCUCUACGCAGUCAUACAAUGAACAAUCACAAUGUGCUGUUGGUGAAUGAGGAGAGUAAAGAGGAGGAGGAACAUCAUGUCAAAACUGGAGAAAAAAUUGGCUCACAGACUGAAAGUGUUUCUUUACUGAAAAGAAGAGACAAGAAACAUUUCACCUGCCAUCAGUGUGAAAAGAGAUUCACACGCAAACAGAGUCUCAAGGUUCACUUGAGGAUUCACACUGGAGAGAACCUGGUCACGUGUGAUAAAUGUGGGAAGAGUUUCACACAAAAAAAGAGUUUCAAGGUUCACAUGAGGAUCCACACUGGAGAGAAACCGUUCACAUGUGAUCAGUGUGGGAAGAGUUUCACAUGCACACAAAACCUCAAGGUUCACAUGAGGAUCCACACUGGAGAGAAGCCGUUCACAUGUGAUCAGUGUGGAAAGAGUUUUGCACAUCAAGGACACCUUAAGACACACAUGGUCAUCCACACUGGAGAGAAACUGCAUGGAUGUGAUCAAUGUGGCAAAACAUUCUUGAGGGCUUCAGGCCUGAAUAUACACCUGAGAACUCACUCACAGAAGAAACCACAUUCAUGUUCUUUGUGUGGAAAAAGCUUUUAUUAUCUGCAGAAUUUAAAUGAUCAUCAGAAAAUACAUACUGGUGAAAAAGUGCAUGUGUGCUUUGAGUGUGGGAAGAGUUUUAUUACAACUAAAGAUUUGAAACGGCACCAGAGAAUUCACACUGGAGAGAAGCCUUACAAGUGUUCAAACUGCAACAAGAGAUUCAGUCAGUCAGGACAAUUGAAAACACACCAGAGGAUCCACACUGGAGAGAAACCUUACAAGUGUUCACACUGCAACAAGAGAUUCAGUGGUUCCGGAGCUCUAAAUAAACAUGAGAGGAUCCACACUGGAGAGAAACCUUACAAGUGUUCACACUGCGACAGGAGAUUUAGUGAGUCAGGAGCCCUGAAAAAACACGAGAGGAUCCACACUGGAGAGAAACCUUACAAGUGUUCACACUGCGACAGGAGAUUUACUGAGUCAGGAGCCCUGAAAAAACAUGAGAGGAUCCACACUGGAGAGAAACCGUAUCACUGCACUGCAUGUGGGAAGAGUUUCACUCGAUCACCUGCUCUACACAGUCAUACAAUGAACAAUCACAGUAGUAGGCCUAAGUAGUUCAUCUUCAGAUCCAGUACUUUCAGGUGUGAAGCCGCAUCCUCACUAAAUGUGACAAUAAUACCGUUGAGCAAUAAAAUCUUUUCAAUAUGAGGAUACGUUUACAAGACGACGAUGCACUAAAAUGGAAAAGAUGACGGAUGAAAAUGUUGUCGAAAUGAUUCCUAUUCACUCGGAUCCGUGAAAACUUCAAAAAACACUGUAUUCU